AUGGCGACUGUUCAGCUCUGUGUGGCACUUCUUUUCCUUCUUCAGCUCUCAUCGCUGCAGUUCGCCUCACUGGGCUACGACGUCCCAGAUAAGUACUUCAUAAAUUGUGGGUCAGACAACAGUGUUACCGAAAGUGGCAAGGUCUACGUUGGUGAAUCAACCCUUCAAGCCACUUUCAGCAGCAGUAGCAUAGAAAGGAACCAGUCAUCGAUUCACCGUGAUGUAAAGUCCACAAACAUAUUGCUUGAUGAGAACCAUGUUGCUAAAGUUGCUGAUUUUGGUCUUUCAAGGUCAGGUCCUACUGAUACUCAUCCUCAUGUCACCACUGGUGUUAAAGGCACUUUUGGAUAUCUUGAUCCUGAGUAUUUCGGGUCGCAACAGCUGACAGAAAAAUCUGAUGUCUACUCAUUUGGGGUAGUUCUUUUGGAAGUUUUGUGUGCAAGAGCAGCGAUUGACCCAUCUCUUCCAACAGAUCAGAUAAACUUGGCAGAAUGGGGACUGCUUUGCAAAAAGAAGGGGAUACUCCAAGAUAUCAUCGACCCUUCCAUCAUUGACCAAAUUGAUCAAAACUCACUCAGAAAAUUUGUUGAGACGAUAGAGAAAUGCUUGGAAGAAAAUGGUUCUAAUAGGCCAAGUAUGGGUGAUGUAUUGUGGGACCUGGAGUAUGCGCUGCAGCUUCAGACAGGGCAGUAUGAUGAUAGUUCUAGUGGUGUUUCUGCAUCACUUCAACUUACCAAUGUUCGGCGUCUUCCUUCACUCUCUACACUGAGUGAAGCGUGAAGCCGAUGAUACUCUUCUGGGGGGGUGAUGAAUCCCCGAAGAUUGAUGAUGACAGUCAUCCAUUUUCAAAUGUCUGGAGUCGGUAGCUGCUUUUUAAGAUAGUGUUUUCAACCCUUCCUUUUCUUUUCUGUAAUUUUUUUUUUGUCGGUCUAUUGUUGUUUAAAUAACGUUAACAAAGCAAUUGUAAACCAUCUUAUUAUUAGUCAAUUUCCGUGGCCGUA